UAGCUGCCACGCGUCUGGGUCACAUUGCAACGUCGCGCAUUGCAACGUCGCGACGUCGCAACCGCGCAACCCCCCGUUUCACAAAAGGAACACGGCGAGGACACCUUUCCCCCAACAUCUCCCUCAUCGCAUUCCUCGGCCACACAAGUACACAAGGGCCGGACCGACGCCAACGCCACUAAAGCGAAGAACACACUACUCUCCCCGCCGCGCUACCCUACGCACACCACCCACCAUCCUCGGCACAUCGCGUUCCCGGACAAAGGGCGCGCCGUCCCUUCGUCUCACUCUCAACAACCACAACGACGACGCGGGCUUCGACGACAUGUCCUCCGGCAAGUACGACGUCGAGUCGGGCACGCUCGCGAACGGCUCGCGCUCGCUGCGGCGCCAGCUCGGCGGGCGGCGCGGGCGCCUGCUCCUCGGCGCGCUCCUCAUCGGCGGCGUGAUCCUGUACCUCAACGGACCUGGCAGCGCGCCCGCGCCCGCGCGCAGCGCGCAGGUCCACGUCCCCGGCGGCGGAGGGUCGGGCGGCAAGCUCGGCAACGACGAUAUCUGGGACUCGGACUCUGGUCUCGACGACCACGACGCAGCACCGUCCCCCGCCCCGGGCAAGUCGGACCCGCGCCCCCUCGGCGAGCACUACAUUGUCGACAAGUACGGCGACCACUACUUCCCACACCACUCGCGCGACAUCGCGCCCAUGCACCCGCGCAAAACCGACCUCAUGGACCCCGCGCUCCUAUUCCCCGAGGUCGACGACAAGUGGCUCAAGCCCCCCGCGGGCGACAAGUUCCCCGACUCGCGCCUUCGCGAGAUCGUGUCCGAGGAGCAGGAGGAGGUGGCGCCUGUUGCCCCUCAAGAGCUGCCGUCCGACUCGUUUGCCGCCAACUGGAAGGGGCAGGAAGGGUGGGACGCGCCCCGCGGCAGGAUACAGGACAUGCAGUGGCCUGGGUUCAAGAAGGCGCGCUCUGGCUGGGAGACGGACGCGCAGAAGAAGGUCCGCGAGGAGCGCCGCGCGGCCGUCAAGCGCGGCUUCGUCUACGCGUGGCAGGCGUACAAGGACAAGGCCUGGGGUCAUGACGAGGUCAAGCCGUUUACCCAGACGUACAAGGACCCUUUCAAUGGCUGGGGCGCGUCGAUCAUCGACACCCUCGACACGAUGCUCAUUCUGGGACUGAAGGAGGAGUAUGACCUGUGCCGGCCGCACAUCAACCAGCUCAACUUCCACUGGAUCACCGGACGCGACUGGAGCAGGGGGUACGUCGCGCCAGAGUCUGAGGUCGACAGCAAGGGCAAGCCGUGGAGCAUCCAGCGCGACCGCACGACCGGCAUGAUGGUGUUCGAGACGGGUAUCCGCUACCUCGGCGGCCUGCUCGGCGCGUACGACCUGACGGGCGACAAGCUGGUGCUCGAGCGCGCCGAGGAGCUCGCGGGUAUCCUCGGCAAGGCGUUCAACACGCGCUCCGGCCUGCCCCAGGGCAGCCGCUUCGACCCGGGCCAGGAGGGCGGCGUGUACUCGCUGCAUGCCGUCUCGCCUGCCGAAGUCGGCAGCAUGACCCUCGAGAUGACCCGCCUCAGCCAGGCGACGGGCAACCGCACCUGGUACGACCUGGUGCAGCGCGCCACCGACUACCUCGACGAGCAUGUCGCCCCGCGCUCAAAGUACCACCCGCUCAUCCCCAUGCACUUUAUCCCCGACUCCAAGACGCCAAUCGACGGCUCGUAUUCUUUCGGCGCCAUGACCGACUCAUACUUUGAGUACCUCAUCAAGCAGUUCAAGCUCAUCGGAGGCGGCCGCCUCGGGCACCAGUACAAGCGCCUGUACCAGGACUCUAUCGACGCUGCACGUCGUAUCCUGUGGGCCGAGGUUGAUAUCCUCGACAAACACGACCUUUUCACCAUCGGCAAGCUCGAGGGCGGCAAGCUCAAGCGCGAGGUUGAGCACCUCGCGUGCUUUGCAGGUGCCAUGCUCGGCAUGGGCGCCAAGCUCCUCGACCGCCCAAUGGACAUGGACUCUGCGCUGCGGUUCACAGGCACAUGCUACUGGCUGUCUGCUGCGACCAAGACGGGCAUCCAGCCCGAGCUCGUCCACUUCUACGACAAGGACGACGCGAGGCUGUGGGUCAACAAGACGCGCGACACGGAGCGCAUCGUCCACGCGCCGGUCGAGGUGCCCGACAAGGACGCGAGAGACUACGACUACAAUAUUAUGUUCCGCGACUACAAGGGCCAGUGGCUGUUCAACGACGACCAGACGCCCGUGUCUGAGAACUCGGGCCGAAAGGGCAGCGAGGCCCUCGAGUACUACCGCUACCUGAACGGCGACGUGCCGGGUGCACAGCGCGUUACGCCGUACUACAUCAACAGGCCCGAGACGAUCGAGUCCGUCUUCUACAUGUACCGCCUUACCGGCGACCGCAAGUGGCAGGACAAGGGAUGGCACAUGUUCCAGUCGUGGAUGAAGACUGCCAAGGUGCCCGGCGGCAUCUCGUCGGUGCAAAACGUCAACGCCGACAAGAUUGUCUACGGCGACAAUAUGGAGAGCUUCAUCUUUGCCGAGACGUUCAAGUACCACUACCUGCUGCAGAGCGAGCCCGACUUUAUGAGCCUCGACGACUAUGUCCUCAACACCGAGGCGCACCCCUUCAUCGCGACCGACGACAUCAAGCCCGGCUCGCAGGGCUUCUGGACGCCGCCCGAGACCGAGCCUGACCUCGGCGUGCGCGGCCAGGGGACUGACGCGCAAAAGUGGAUGCGCGUCGCCGAGCUCGGCCGAUACCGCAGCAGACACAAGCACGCCAUCCCCGACAACCUCCCACCUCCCCCGGAUCGUCCUCCUCGUCCCCAGGGCGGCGGUCGGGUCGCUGGCAUGGGUAUGGGUGGAGGCGGCGGCGACCCCAACAAUCGCCCACAGCCCCCCGCCGACUUCAAGCUCAACCAGUACUAGCACACUCCCCCAUCCACAUCUACAGCUGUAUUCCUAGAGACAAUGCAUCCUUACGACGGACAACCCCAUGCGCGCGCUCGUGACU